ACAAGAUGACAGGAAUUAGUGUUGAUUUCGCCAUACGCCAGGACAUCCUUGUAGAGCUGUAAAUAUUUAUUAAAAUUAUAAACUGAAACUUGAAAGGUUUGAUUGAUAGGCUGAGAAAAUAAUUUACUGCGCAUGAUCGUUGUUACAGUUAUUGACGUAGGUACCUACGUACGUUUGUAAAUAAAAUUUUAGCCCACAUUACAUAGUGGAUUACACAAUUCUGCCACUUUUUAAAUAAAACAAUGAAUAAAAUAUGUAGAAUAUGCCUAGAGGAAGGUGUACUAUCAUCCGUAUUUGCGAAAAAUUACAAUUUAUCACUGUGUGAUAUGAUAGAAUAUUGUAGCAAUGUAAAGAUACAAAAAGAUGAUGGACUACCAGAACAAAUGUGUAGCAAUUGCGCUUAUAAAUUAGGAAUAGCAUUUCAUUUCAAACAGACUUGCGAGAGAUCAGAUAUCAGAUUGAGGCAGUAUUUGGGUCUGGAGUUGACAAGCAAAUAUAAAGAUGCUAAUAUUAAUACAGAACCAAUUGUUAUGACUAAAACAACAAUUAUAAAAAAAUGUAAAUGUAUGGGAGAUAUGAAAAAACCUCGCACAAAUUAUAAAAAGAAACCAGACUGUGACAAACUUAAAAGAGGUCCAAAAGUGAAGCCAAAAAAAGUGCAUGAAUGUUAUGAAUGUCACAAACAAUUCCGAUGCCAAGCACAAUUAGAAAUGCAUGUUUGGACACAUACGGGAGAAAAACCAUUUGCCUGUGUAUUCUGCUCUAGAAGAUUUACUCAAAAACACAAUCUUACAAUACACCUGCAAAUGCAUACUGGUGAAAAGCCCUUCCAGUGUGAAAUAUGCAGCAAAAGGUUCUCCGCACAAGGCAAUUUACAGGCUCAUAUAAAAACUCACACAGGGCAAAAAGAUCAUGUUUGUGCAGUAUGCAACAAAGCAUUUAUUACAUCCAGUGAAUUAACCAGGCAUAUGACAAAACAUACAGGCAUAAGAAAUUUUAAAUGUGAUAUAUGUGGGAAGAGUUAUUCUCAAAAUAGGGACCUAUGGUUUUUUCAGAGGCUGCAUAAACUACGAAAACAUGAUUGCGUGCCAAAUGAACCAGAAUCACAAAAAGACGCCUUUAAUACCAACAUUGAUAUUGUUGAUGUGGAUGAAGUGAAAAACAUACCAUCGUCAUCAGUAAAAGAAACCAAUCAUUUUCCUAGCCUACAUUUAAGCAAUAAAAAUCCAGAACACUCUUUAAUAACUCAAAACCACACCUUGCCAUAUGAAGACAAAGGGAUUAAAGAUAUUUUUUCACAUUCGGUAUUUGGUUGAACAGAUUUAGACCUUUCUGAAUUCAACAUUGUCAUUGAUUUAGUUCAAUGGGGACAGUGCACCCAAUUAUACACAACAAGUGUAGCUACUUGUCAGUUUGUUCUUCAAACAUAAAAGAAGCCAAAAUGCAUUUCAAUUUUUUUGUUGAAUUGUCAAUUUAUUAUAUGCUACAGGUAUAAUUAUUUAUUUGAUAUGAAAAACCUUGUUCCAAUACUAUGUUACUAAAAUUUAAAUAUCUGUGUACCUAUUU